GCAGGGAGCUGCGGACGACGGCGUUAAGCAGCUCGUGUGACUAAUGCUCGUCAUAUGACUAGGCCACAAAUGGAGUCGUUUACAAGGAAUUGAAUGUGUUUCAGGAAUUAAUCAUAAAACGAGGGUUUCCAAGUGAAAUAGCAGGUCGAAUAUGCCACCUACGCUGUUUCACAAGCUUUUCAAUAAAAGAAAUGGUUUUACGCCGCCGCCGAAGUGCGACAAGGACGAAUCUGCGUUCAGCACCUGGCCUUCUCCAGAGUUGGAGCCCAGCCAGAUCCGCCUUAUCGUCUACCAAGACUGCGAGAGACGAGGUCGAAAUAUCCUUUUCGACUCUGACACUAAGAAGAGAGGAAUGGAAGAAGGUGCAGCAAUGAAGACGUGUGGUGAGUCUCAAGCUAAACUUUUCAGAAAGUGUUGUCCAUUGAGGCCAAAUGGGGGAAGCUCCAGUUCUCUGGACAGCAGUUCUUCCUGUGCCUCUGAGCCUAUGGAGCACAAUCGUUUUCAGGGUGCUUCACGCUGCUCCUCAGACCCCAAUAUGUUGGGCGAAAUGAUGUUUGGGUCAGUGGCGAUGAGCUACAAAGGGUCUACACUGAAAAUCCAUCAGAUUCGAUCUCCCCCACAGCUGAUGCUUAGCAAAGUGUUUACAGCACGGACAGGUGGCAGUGUGUACGGUAGCCUAAACACGCUGCAAGACAGUUUGGAGUUUAUCAAUCAGGACUCAAGAGCUCUCAGGCCAGAUCAGCAUACUGUGGUCAAUGGCUUCCUGGGGAGCAUAGGAUUUUCUCAGCUAUGCAGCCCUCGUCGGGCCUUCUCUGAACAGGGCCCUCUCCGUCUCAUCAAGAGCGCCUCUUUCUUUUCAGGUCACAGUAACCCUAUGGACAUGCCUGCCCGAGGGCCUUAUGAUGAGAGAGAGAGUGGCAUUGCAAGAUCAGCGUCUCUGAGUAGUCUACUGAUUACACCUUUCUCGUCACCUGGCUCUUCUCUCACCAGUAGCUGUGCAAGUAGCUACCAACGCCGCUGGUUACGUAGUCAGACCACCAGCUUGGAAAAUGGAGUCUUCCCCCGAUGGUCUGUAGAGGAGAGCUUUAACAUGUUAGAUGAGGGUGGUGCCCCAGGCCUAGGCACAGCACGGAAGAAGAAGAUAGCUAUUGGAGUCAUCUUCCUCCUGUCACCCAAUGAAGAUGAGAACAGCAAGUUCCAGGAGUUUUUCUUUUCCCACUUCCCCCUCUUUGAGAGCCACAUGAACAAACUGAAAAGCUCAGUUGAACAGGCAUUGAAGAUGAGCCGACGGUCAACUGAUGUUAGUCAGAGAAUCCUGGCUCAUAACCGCAUGGUGGACAGCCUUAAUGAAUUCAGGAUGACUAUCUGCAAUCUGUAUACCAUGCCAAGAAUGCCUGAGCCUGUCUGGCUUACUAUGAUGUCCGGUGCACUUGAGAAGAACCAGCUUUGUGGCCACUUCAUGCGUGAGCUCUCUUUACUCAUGGAACAAGCCUCAAAAAACCAGUUUGUUCCAGCUCUUCUUACUGCUGUGCUCACUAACCACCUUGCUUGGGUGCCUACUGUCAUGCCUAAUGGCCAGCCUCCCAUCAAGAUCUUUCUGGAAAAACAUUCCUCUAAAAGUGUGGACAUGCUGGCCAAGACACAUCCCUACAAUCCUCUAUGGGCUCAGCUUGGUGACCUGUACGGUGCAAUUGGCUCGCCAGUGCGUCUCUCACGCACAGUACUGGUUGGGCGGCAAAAGGAACUGAUUCAGCGGCUUCUCUAUGUGCUCACCUAUUUCAUUCGAUGCUCAGAACUAUUAGAGACAUAUGCUAUCGAGACUGGAAAUGAGGAUCAGGAUGAGGAGGCUUUUGCUCUGCCUGGAUCAAUUAUUACAACCUCGCUGCGCCGUGGAGAGGUUGAGGAAUCAGAAUAUGUGUUGGUCACUGUGCAUAAGCCUAGCCCAGAGGGCAGUGAAACAGGCAUGAAAGAGGAGCAGCAAACAGAGCACAUUAAUCCUGUCAUCGUGGCUCAGGAUCAGAGUGAAAUCCAGAACUGCCAGGAGAUUGGCAGUUCUUUAUUUAGUCCAUUAACAGAGACAGUGGUGAAGGUGGGCACUGCCUCACUGGUUAGCAGUACUGCUCUGCUAGAUGUACAAGGACAGCCAGCUAUUUGUGACUCUGAUGUGACACCCACCUUAUUGCCUGUAAAAAUUGUUCGGUCUUCAGGGAUCCCACUGGAAAAGAAGCCACCUGAUAAAAGCACAACAAUGGCUUCUUUCCUCCUGGAUGAGGAAGAAGAGGAGCGUGGGACUAGAGUGACGUUCCUUAUUGGCGAGUCUAUGUCACCGGAAUCUGAUACAGAGAGUCAGAGGCACAGGGUUGAAGAUGAGCUCAAGAAACACAAAAUGCAUUUCACUGAAAAACCAAAGCAGCAGUGUUGCCAUGUAAAGCAGCAGUGUUGCCAUGUAAAGCAGCAGUGUAGCACUAAGCCGCUUAUAACGGACCAAAUCGAGAGCAAGGAUGUUGAAACCUUGUCCUACAAUACUAGCAGUCUUCCUUGUAUUAACCCAGGAGCCCAGGAGGAGUGCAUGGAUCUAUUUGAUGAGUAUUUUAGUGAUGGUAACUCUGUAGAAAUAAGAAGUAUUGGUGAUGUCUCCAAAGCAGCUUCACAGGAGGUUGUAGAUGCUGAAAACAAGAGACUGCAAGAGACUUGGAGGGAAUCCCUAGUUAGGACAUAUGAACAGGUUUGUGAGCACAGGGAGCAGGCAACGUGUAAAUGUACCACACACCCCAUCAACACAGGUUACUGUACAAAAUGUACUGAUGAACAGAACAAAAGCAUCAGAGUUUCACUGAGUGUACCAGGCCUAGAGAAAGAGAGGGAGCAGAAGAAGACAUCUACCCUGAAUGACUGGGAGAUUCCACGAAAUGAGAGUUCAGACAGUGCACUGGGAGACAGUGAAAGUGAGGACACAUCACAAGAAAUACACAGACAAGAGCAAGUUGCACAAUUCUUCAGUGAAGCCCAGACUGACUGGCAAGAAGAGAUAGAAGUACCAUUUCCUGGGGCAAAGCUGGCAGAAAACUACUCCAAACCUAGCAUUGCUAACUUUGGGAGAUCACUUUUUGGCAGUUACUGCCCUACUUAUGUACCAGACUUUGUUCUACAUGGAAUUCCCAAUGAUGACAAACUGAGGCAAAGCCUUAUGUCUGACUUGGCCCAUGCAGUCCAGCAACCUGUAUUGGAUGAGCCUGUAGCUGAGGCUGUCUGCAUUAUUGCAGAUACAGACAGGUGGACAGUUCAGGUGGCCAGUAGCCAGAGACCCAGCACAGAGAAUAAGCUUGGAAAAGAUGUGCUGGUAUCAAACCUUGUGUCAAGUCUAUUACAAUCCACUUACCAGCUCUACCGUCUCAACCUGUCUCCCAACUUUUGCAUAAUGCAUCUAGAGGACCGACUCCAGGAGCUCUAUUUCAAGAGCAAAAUGCUUGCUGAAUACCUGAAAGGACAGACCAGGGUGCAUGUCAAAGAGCUAGGCAUGGUUCUAGGAAUUGAGUCCAGUGACCUGCCCUUGUUGACAGCAAUUGCAAGCACACACUCACCAUAUGUUGCCCAGAUCUUGCUGUAGAGGACAUGGAGAUAUAUGGAUACAUCCCCAUUCCCUCCCACAGGUUAUUUUGGGGAGCUUUUUAAUCUGUUGCUGAAUCUAAUCAGAGUGAAAUUGAUACUUUCGGUUCGUUUGCUGUUUGGUUUGGUUUCACAAUGUGCAUAAACAAAAAAAAAAAAUUGGCUGAGGGAUGAAAAUAUACUUGUAAAAUUCAGAAAGGUGAGAAUAGAAGAAAGAUGAACAAACCUUUGGCUAGUGCAUGGAUAGUUUCACAAAUAGCACAGAAUUUUAAAGCCAGCAUUAAAUACAUGGUUCGGUUAUUGUAUUAAUAUCUAGUUUAAAACAUUUUGUUCAUUACAUCCAGCAUCUUUUUUUGCAUCUUCUUUGUACAGCAAGUUUUCUCACCUGCCUAAAGAACAACACUGGAAGGAAGGAAAGCACCAGGGUUUGAUACAAUGCAUAAUGCUGCAUACAUGAAAUCAUCCCUAAAAGCCAUAGAAAUGUUCAGCCAGUAAAUUCCAGUAAAUGACCGGAAAUAUCUGAUUUUAUUUUCAUGUCUUGCAUCUUGUUUCAGUCUUUAAGAUUAUAUUUUUAUAUAUAAUUAUACUUAUUUUAGUAUAAUCCUUUUCCCUGGAAUAACACUUAAAGGCAAAAAGAAAAUACAAGAGACAAGGUGAUUUACAAAAAGGCAUUAAUACCUAAGACUUUGGCAGGUGGAUACUAAAAUCUAUUUGGAUUUAUUUUAAUUUUUAAUUACAAUUGUCAAUGAUCUGAAAAUAUUCCAUUUGUUUACCAUCACAGUCUCUGUGUUAGUCAGCAAAAGAGGUGAAGAAACUCCUUGGUACAGCACUACCUCAAAUAAUUGCAGGUGAUUUGCACAGAGCAUUUUACUGGCUAAGGGAUGUCGUUUUCUGCUUCCAUUCAGGUAGACAAAAUAAAAAAAAUAUGCUGUGAUGUGUUACAUAGUUAUUUGUACAAAAUCUUUGCAUUUGAAAGUGCUGGAAUGUCAAACAAUGAACUUUCUUCAGCUUUGCAGCCGCUGUACUAUGUUUACUUCUGAUGGAAUUGAACAGCAAUACACUAUAUGGCCAGAGGUUUGUGGAGGCCUGACCAUAACACCCAUAUGUGUGUUUUAAACAUACAGAUUUAGUCACCCUUUGCUGUUACACUUCAAAUUCAUUUAUAAAGCACUUUAAAAGCCACAGAAUGUACCAAAGUGCUGUACAAUUACAAAAAAAUGAAUAGCAAAGUAGAAAAAUAGUAAAAUUACAUAAAACACCACAAAUAGCCCAUAUCUGUUUCAUACCUAGUUUUACAUAUAAAGCAGCAAAGGCUUCAUUAAAAAGAUGCAUCUUAAGACUUUAAGUGUGCCCAAGGAAUAUCAAGAAUAUCAGCUGGUUGUUUGAUCUAAGAAAAAUCUUGGCAUUGUGGAAAUAAGCUCAGAAAUAUAAUCUGGUGCUAGUCCAUGUACAGCUUUAAAAACAUAUAAUAGCACCUUAUGCUUCAUUCUAAAUUGAAUCGGUGAUCAGUGCAGAGAUGCCAAAACCGAGAGAUAUAUGAUCCCUCUCUCGUGUAUUAGUUAGCAACCUUGCUGCAGCAUUCUGCCCCCUUUGCAUGCAUGACAUAAAAGUGUGACUCAAACCCAGACACAAAGCAUUCAUUAGUCAACGUGUGAUGUAAUAAAAGAACGAAUUACUUUCUUUAGCUCAUGAAUGAGAAAAUAGAUUAAAUUUUAGCAAUUUUUCCAGUUGAAAGAAACUUUUCUUCACAGCUAAACUAAUUUGCCUGUCAAACAUUAAGUCUUUGUCAAAAAAUAGAAUGUAGAUUUUUGACAUAGGCAUGCAAAUUAGAUGACAGAUGAGAUUAUUAUUAUUAUGCAAUAUUAUUUACAAAGCUACUAGGGUAAAAAAAAAAAGAUCUGUUUUUUAAUUAUUAUUUAGGUGGAUAAAGUUGUCUUUCCAGCAUUUUACAUCUUUCAAGCAAUCAGAAAGAGAAUUAAAUGAUAGAUCACCUGCCGUCAAAGGGAGGUACAUCUGUGUAUCAUCAGCAUUAAAACAUUACAUGAAGUAUAAUAUUUCCUUACAAAAAUAGGACAAGGGGGAACAUAUAUAAUGAAAAUAAUACUGGUCCCAGAAUGGAACUUUGUGGAACCCCAUAGGUCACAGAAGUUGAAAUUGAAGUUUUAAAUUUUGACAGUAAAUAUUCUGUUGUGCAGAUGAUAACCUGCACUCUUCUGGGAAGAUUUUCCAAUAGAUUUUGGAGCAUGUGGGGAUUUGCUCAAUCAAGUUCAACACCAGAAGCAAUAGUGAGAUCAGGCACUGAUGUUGGGCAAAGUAUCCUGGAAUGCAAUCAGCAAACCAUGUCUUCAUGGACCUCUCUUUGUGUACGGGGUACUGACAUGCUGCAGCAGAUAUGCUAUACAAUUAUAUUCUUCCAACUUGUUUUGGCAACAGUUUAGGGAAGGCCCGCUAAUGCUGUGAUGGACAGGUGUCCAUAAACAUUUGAUCAUAUAGUGUAUAUGUCUAUUGAUCAUGCUGUGCUUAGAUAGCCCAAAAGGACCCACAAAAGGGUCAUAUAAAUAACCUUAUAAAAGCAAUUUUAUAAAACGAUAUUGAACAAAUGUGUUACUUUUGUACUCAUUUUAACAGAUUUUUUUUCUCUCCUGAAUUAAGGCCAUGCAUAUGAGUCUUAACUUGGAAACAAAAACAUAAAGAGAAGGCUUUGCCUAGGUCAUUUUAAUUUACAAAUAGCAAGUGAGGUGCAUCUACCAUUUGUCCUCUUGUAUUUGUAUUUAUAUUUAAUUCUUUCUAUAUGAUCACAUUUAAAUUAUUUAGCAGGGCAUGUCUUGGUUCACAUAAAUUGUAUAUAUAUUGCUUUGGUUUCUGUCAUGCAUUUGUACAUAUUUUUUGUUACAGCCUUUCCUCAUUUUAUUCUUUCCCAAUUUUAUGGGAAUAUUGUGCAAUAAAAGUCAAGCUAAAACGUACUUGUGGUUUGAUCUAUUCCC